AAAUUACAACAAAAAAAAAACGAAUGAAAACAAUUAAACAAAAUGGAUAUGGAACGCGUAAGAAUCGAACAUUUACGUUCAUAUAUGGAACUGAACGAUGAGGAUCGACAAAGAUGUUAUGAUCGAUUUUAUAAUGAACGACUUGAGGACAAGAAUAAGGAUAAUAAAUAUUUGAAACGCACUUCAUUUAUAUUUGAGCAGGGUAAUUCCAAUAAACUGGAGAAUGAAUGCUUUCUUACCUUCGAUUUAAUACCGGUACAUAAGAGAUAUAGUGCAUUAAUUUUUAGUCUCUGCGGUAUAACGAGUCAUUUUCAUUAUAUACUCUUUCUGGGCGUCCUUGAGGAUGCCAAAAUGGAUAGUCUUACGCAUUUCGUUUGUGAAAUUUUGGCCAAUUUGUUAAUAACAGAAGUACCUAAAUUGCCAAAUUUCCCGUUGAAAUUCAUAUUGCUGCGCAACGAUCUAACGAGUCAAAAUGUUUUGAAAGUAUUCGCCGAAUCCAAGAAGACAUUAAAUUUAUUCAAUAAUUUUCUAUUCAUCAAUGAGUCAAAUGCAUGGCGUUUAUUAUCCCUUCAUGAUCCCUAUGUACAAUCGGCCUGGGAUGAGAUAAUGCUAAACUAUAUAAGCGAUGAGAAUGUGGAUGAAGUAUUUGUCAAAUACUACGAUUUGGCCGCCGAGAAGGGUAACGAUGGAUUCAAAGAAUUUAUAAGCGAAUUUCAUAAUUUGGCCAAGGAAUUGCUAAUGGCGCGCAGUGUCAUCAGUUUGCGUUUAUGCACACUGGAACGCUUGGAUAUCUUUGAGAAGAUCAUCACGGCUCAUGUAAAGGGAUUCAAAGAGCAGAGAGUCAAUCGAAUGGUUAUAUUUCAGUUACUGAGGGCAUUAAUCCUUAUAUAUGGACACUAAAGCAUUUGACUCAAGAAAUUGAUGUAUAUGAACACAUACAAUAUACAUAUAUAACAUAACUGAAUAAUGUGA